UUUUUUUUUCCAAGAGUAUGACAUAAAAGAAAUAAGGCUAUUUUUUUUUCUUUUAUUUAUAGGCAUUUUUAGUUUUGUUAUUCUAUUUUUUAUUAUUUCAAGUUAUAAAAUGACAAAAGACGAUAAUGAUCCUUUAUUACAACCUCCUUCAGAUACAAUAUUAUUACAGUCUAUAAAUAAUACAACUCAAGAUCUAGAUUAUUUUCCUUCAGUAACAACUAAUAGUAAUUCACACUUUAUUCAAAGAAUCAAACAAAGAUGGACAAAACGGAACAUAAUUUUAUUCCUUUAUAAUUGGAGAUGGUCUUUAUUCUUCUUUGGCAUUUCAGUCAUAAUAGGCAUCGUUAUGUUUAUUUAUAGAAGAAAUUUUUUUGAAGCUUUAGAAGCAUUAAGUCAUCAUUUAUCAGAUUUAGGUUAUAGGGGGUAUCUAUUGAUGUCUUUACUUAUCUUUUUGAGUGCCUUUCCUCCUAUUAUCGGUUAUAGCACUUACCAAACAUUAUCAGGUUAUACCUAUGGAUUUCAAAUUGGAUUCCCUAUCUCCUACUUUAGUGCAUUGAUAGGUGCUAUUAUUUGCUUUUCAUUAUGUAGAUUAUUCAUAAAGACUCGUAUUAGUCGUCUACUAUCAAGGUAUCCUAAUUUUGAAGCAGUAGUCAAGGCAGUAGAAAAGAAAGGUUUCAAGCUAUUCCUAUUAAUUCGUAUUUCUCCUUAUCCUUUUAAUUUAUUAAAUUUCUUUUUUGCUUCCACUAGCAUUCCACUCUCUCAUUUUGUAGCAGGAACAGCAAUUUCAUUACUAAAAAUUGCUUUGCAUGUUUAUAUCGGUGCCAACUUGACUUCCUUUGUUGAUCAUUUGUUAGGCAAGGAUGGUGAUUUAACUGAAGCUCAGCUGAGAGCUAUGAAAGUCAAAUAUGUAGCAUUCAUCAUUUUUACGUUAUUAGCCAUAGUCGUGAUGGCCUAUCUUUAUCAAAUAGCAAAGACAGCUGUUGCAGCAGAAUCUAUAGAUGAUGAGGAACAGGUAUCCUUUUUAAAUCAUCGUCAAGAAGAAGAAGAGGAUGACGAUGUGAAUGCGAGUACAGUAACUAUUUUAUCUUCUGGAACAGUGAUUUCUUCUUCAUCCAUAAUACCACUAAACUCCCAUCAUGAAAGAACAAUCAGAGAUAAUAAUAGUAGUAGUAGUAUCUCUUUGGAUGCUUGGGAUGCUUGGGAAGAUGAAGAGUCUGCUAUGGUUAAAAAAAGGGACAUUGGUAAAGAUGAUUAAAACUAUUUUCAUAUUAUAUGUAUAUUUUUGUAUAUUUAUUUAUUUAUUUUGUCACAUAUUAUGUAUAAUAACAAUAAUUGAUUCCCACUAUAAAUAAAAAUCCUUUUUCUACGUAUCCAUUAGGAUACAAAUACAUGUAUAUAUGUAAAGAAAGAAGAGCAAUAAUAAUAAUAAUAAUAAUAAUAAUAAAAAUACAAUGCUUGUAAUAUACAUGUGUAUAUAUCUUAUAUUUAUAUUUAUAUAUG